GUAUUUUUUAAUGACAGGAAGUGAUUGAACAAACUGUAGUUUGAACAUCGGCGCCACUUUCCAGGAACUAAACAGCGCUCGAAGUGGAUAAAGACUAUACUCGGUCUUUUCCAUAUCGUCAGCAGCAAGGCUGUAAGUCGAGAAUUAAUAAAAAAUGGCUCCCAAACGCUCAAAGGCGCCUAAAGAAGAGGCCCAAGUAUCUCUUGGACCCCAAGUUCGUGAAGGUGAAAUUGUGUUCGGAGUCGCUCACAUUUUUGCCAGCUUCAACGACACAUUCGUCCACGUUACUGACCUUUCAGGCCGUGAAACCAUUGCUCGUGUCACUGGUGGUAUGAAAGUUAAGGCUGACCGUGAUGAAGCUUCACCCUACGCUGCUAUGUUGGCUGCUCAAGACGUAGCCGAGAAAUGUAAAACUCUUGGCAUUACUGCUCUUCACAUUAAGCUCCGUGCUACUGGUGGCAACAAAACCAAGACCCCAGGACCCGGUGCGCAGUCAGCUCUUCGUGCUUUGGCUAGAUCCAACAUGAAAAUCGGAAGAAUCGAAGACGUUACUCCGAUACCAUCAGACUCAACCAGAAGGAAGGGAGGUCGUCGUGGAAGACGUCUUUAAGCCAUUUAUACUAUUCUACCAUUUCCUUAUUCUGGGUUUAAAUAAAAUCUUUGAAAAAAAUUA